AAUGACACUGCACCUUUCAUGCAGGCGUACAUCUCAGGCAACAAGGAGGUGACUCAAUCCUUCUCGAUCAGCGGUGUACUUUGUGAGCCCAAGAAUGGCCGCAAGCAUGACACUCUCCAGGUUCUCGUCCACGGUAUCGGUGAGUAAGCCCACGCCGCGGGUGAACGCGUCGAUGUUCCCACGCCCGCCUCUGACGCCCUUCUCCCCUGCCGCCCGCACCGCCCCUCCGCUCGCGCUCCUCGUCGCACAUCGUCCAGGCUUCGAUGGCAACUACUGGAACUUCCACGGCCCUGGAGUCAGCGAGGAGCAAUACUCGUACGCCUACGCGGCCGCUGCAGCCGGCUAUGCCACCUUCCGAUACGACCGCUUGGGCACUGGUGCUUCGGAGAAGCCCGAGGACGGGUACAACGUCGUGCAGGGCCCUACCGAGGUUGGCAUUCUCGAAAGCGUGGCCGACGCCGUCAAGAACAGCAACCGUAUUGGUGGACGCAAGUGGUCCAAGACCGUACUCGUCGGCCACUCUUACGGCUCUGUCCAGUCGAACGCUCUCUCGCAGAAGCGUGGCGACUUGAUUGACGGACUGGUCCUUACCGGCUUUUCCGCGUACACCAUGGGCCUUCCCUUCUACCUCGUCUCGACCGUCUACACCAUGGCCAAGAUGGUCUUCCCGCAGCGCCUCGGGAACCUCCCUGACUCGUAUCUCGUCACCGCUACCAGUUUCAGCGGUCAGCAGAACUUUGCCUACCCGUACUACGUAACCGCUGCGGCGAACAAGCUCCAGCGCAACACGGAGCAGGCCGUGACGCAGGGUGGCCUGUUCACUAUCGGCGGCCUCGCCGGCCCUGCAGCCGACUUCAACAAGCCUGUCCUCGUCGUCCUCCCGGACAAGGACUUCAUCUUCUCGCUUUCUGCUGGUAUCCAGAACGGCAUGAACCUCGCAGAGCAGGCCGUCAAGAUGCUCUACCCUGCUAGCUCCGCCGGCAAGGGCAUCGUCAUCGCCAACGCCGGUCACGGUCUUAACUUCCACUCGACCGCCAAGGGCGCUUAUACCCAGCAGAUCGACUUCCUCGACAGCAAUGGGUUCUAAGCGUGCGCGAGCACGAAUGCCGCCGACUAUUCCUCUUGUCUAGCUUCUGCUUCUUUGCAUUGCUUCGUGGAAUGCCCCUCUUUGCGCAAUAUCAUUCGAUUGCAACGCCGGCUGCAGUUUCUGAAGUGAUAAGAUAUUGUGUGACCGAGGGAAUCUUCAGGUACGAGUAGAGAGAGACAUGAAGAUAAAGAGGGUCCCACGCCGACCAGCGGGGAGGAGCAUGCUGAUCGUGGUGAUGCUGCGAGAGGUAACG